CAGAACUAUAACCCCCUUCAUAUGUUUUAAAAAGAUAAAAACCUUAACUUUAUUUUACAGGUUCAGCCAAGAGAAGGUAAAAAUUAAGCCCAAGUAAUGUAAUGCUUAUCAGGGGGGCCUGCAGUGCUACACUUACUUGGAAUAGCUGGGGCCACCCUGCUGCCAGUGAGUUGCAGACUUGGGAGGGGGGCAAGAAGCUGGGAUACUGCAUGUUCUGUCCCAUACACAGCUUUCUGCAAUGCAGGGAUUGGAUGAGUGAAGUUCCAACUUCCCCUCCGGCCCAUCCAAUCCCCAUGCGGCUUUACUUGGACUUGGAAAGCUGUGUAAGUCUAUGCAGACAUCUGAGCUGCCGCCUUUCCCUUUCGAAAUGUGCAGCUUUCUGACAGCAGUGGGGCCCGCCUAACAAGCUACUAUUUCGACAUCUGAUACCCUGCCGGUGGUGACAUUGCACUAUGUUGCCUACGUCAUGCUCUCAAAGGCUACUGUCCUUGCUGAACCAGGCACUUCUAAGCUGCAAGGAAGAAGAAAAACACUUAGAACAGCAACUCAGGGAAUGCCGAGUUCUUCUGGGUCCUUGGAAAAGGGAGAAGAUUGAAAGUUUGAAGCAGAAUGAUAAGAAAGAUGUCCUUGGAGACCGUGUUCCCUCAGAAAAGGAGAUGCAGGAGGUUGAGCUACUUAACAAAGCUCUAGAGAAAGCCCUGAGGGUGCGAGGGACCAGCAAUUCAGAAACAAAUGCACCCAAAAUGCCAUCAAGUACUCAAAGAAUGCAGAGCCACCCAACUGUUGUGGAGAAGCCGGUCAAGCCAACUUGUAAAACUGCAGAUCUUCGCACAAAGCCAGUGGCCUACCGCUUGAAUCCACCCUACAGGACUAACCCUGAGAUGAAAAGGGCCGGUGGAUCUGGAAGGACAACUUCUAAUGGCAAAUCUAUGGGAUUGCCGUGUUCAGUUCAACCUGGAAAAACAAAGGACAAUAACAGCAACUUGGAACAGUCAGAGGCCAAACAAGAAUCAAACAUGUCCAAAAAUAAUACGAUUGGGUCGUCUACUGGUGAUUCUUCUCUACCUGCACCCUCCGAGAACCCAGAAGAAAGCAAGGCAAUCUAUGUUUCUCUAAAGCAUAUAGGAGCGUUUUUGAAGCUACCAAUGGAGUAUCGGCGGGAGUACAGUAGAAAUAAUAGAUUGUGGGAUAAAUUCUAUGAGAUUCAGAACAUCAUUUCUUCACCACAGCCAUCGUUUAUGGAGAUGUUACAAGAAACUUUUGUUCCAGGCUCCCCAAGGCAGAGUCUCGCUGAGUUAGAAGAAGAGACUGUGCGCCUGAAAAUGGCCGUCGCCAGCGUGCAACAAAGGAUAGACAUCAUUGAAAAAUGGCCUGCGGCUGGUUCUCGUCAUUGGCAAAACUACCGUGCACUCCUAAGCCUGGAUGUUCUGCAAGAGGAAUUGGCCCGAGAGCUUUCGACUCUACAUCACCUCAGGCAGGACGUAAAGCAGUAUCUAAAAUGGGAUGAAGGAAGCUGUGCUGAUACCACAGCACUAAAGCCCGGAUGUUGCCCCACCUCUGUCCGCCUGGCUCCUCCUCUUCUUAUAUACAGCCAUUUUCAUGAGCUUUCUGAAGUGAUGCGCUACAGGCUCCGAGUUCUGGAGCUGCAACAGAAGAUCUAUCUACAGAAGGUGCUGAGUGCGGAGCUGCUUGCCGAGGCGGAUUCACGCUGUCACAAUGCCCCAGAAUGCUGGAUGCUCUUCAGAGCCAUUUACACACAGCUGUGUGAGGGGGGAGACACAUUCCCCGUGUUGGUUCGUGAGGACGACUGAAGAAGAUCAGGUGCACGCAUACACUCAGCCCAUGGAUGGCUAGAAAAGUGGCUUUUCCUUGGCAGCAUAAUAUAUUGCUCAUUUCAUGCUGGGGUCUGUGGGUUCCGUAUUGUGACUCACUUAUUUAAUUGAGCUUCUGAUGGACUGACAGGAACAGUAAUGCCAAAAAAUGAAAAUCAUUUCAACAGACAUACCAGUCAUUUUGAUGUUGUACUUUUUUUUUUAACGUUAAAGUCCCAGUUUUUAUUGCAGCAUGUUUUUUUGGUGGCUCUGAAGUAUUCAGCCAUCUAGUCUUUGUCUAUGCAAAGCUCCACUGGGGUUAAUUGAAUGUAACAGAGCUUUUUAUAGUUCAAGUUUACAUUUAUAUGCCCCCCCAAAAGCCCCACGGAGACAGGGAGAGCUCUUUACAAAUGUGAAAACCGUGAUAUUCAGAGUGUGUAGACUACGUGAACUUUAUAAUGUAAAAGUAUUUAGGGCUUUUUUAUUUCUGGUGCUACUGCUCCUAGAAGACAUAAUCUAGAAAGGUCUGGGACAUGUUUGUGUAAAACCAAUUUAUUUGUGGUUUAGAAAUAUAUAUUUAAAUGAACACUGAACAAAACUUUACAAUGCUGGGAAUUAAAAAUAUAUAUGUAUAUUUAAUUUGGAA